AUGGGUGCGCAAGUAUCGACUCCAGAGGCUCCCUAUGCGGUCAUAAUGCAAGCAAACAAGCCGCAGCGGAUGCCGUCGCCAUUCAAGCAACUGGCCAACAAGCUGCAAGACAUUAAACACGCUGCCUUCACUCGCAGGCCCACGUCCUUCAGCGAGCUCACUGACGCCCUGAUAGCGACACGGAAAGUUGGUGACCAAACAUCGCUCCAUCUCCACGAUGCUGAUGUGGGCAAAGCUCAGAGGCAACCGGAUUCCAGAGAGAGAGAAUUCCCUGAUGUGACGGACGUCCGCGAAGCAGACAGUGACAAAAAUAAACCCAAAGGUGACAAGGAUAGAUCCUCUCCAAAGCUGCCCAAGAGGGCAUCGCCCAAACCCAGCCCCAAGCUGGGAAUCAGGCGCAACAGCGGCAAGAUGUCACCCAUGAUGGGCAAAAAAUUCUCGCCGAUGCUCGAGAGGACGGCUGCCAAGGGCUCCCCGAAGCUCCGGGAUCGCUUCUCGGUGACCGACGAUCCGGACAACAACCCCAAGAACAGGAACUACCUGCGCGCCAUGGUCAUGAUCCACGUGCGCCGUCGGACGGGCAACGAGUCGUCUACGGAGAGGCUGAAGCGUCUACGCGACGGCACUCUGGACGUGUUGCAGCUUGCGCCCCCCGACGCCACCUUCCCCGCCCGCGAUGGUGCCACCACCUCGGAACCCGCGCCGCUGCCGGAGUCGCCACCUCGGGCAAAGCGCGAAGGCGAAGCGGUGGUGGUCCCGGCUGACCGAGGGCAGCAGCAGCAGCAGCAGCCGGAGGUCUCGGAGGAGGGGCGCCGAGGAGAUGGCAGCGCAGCCGGGAGGCAGAGCGAGGUGCCGGGCGGUGCCACCUACGGGCUACAGCGGGGUUCGGCGUGGAGCGGAGACCGCCGGCUGGACUCAUCCUCUCGCGACAAGCGGGAGGAUGCUGCUCGGGGCGGCACGGCGGCGGACGUCGCGACAGGCAAAUCCCUCGGUGAGAUGCGCGCCGAGUGGCUCCCGCCGGCUGACGUUCUGCGAAUCCGUCGACGAUGUCACGGCAGGCCCAAGGAGGUCUCUACAAGAGCCUUGGCCUGA